GCGGCGGGAGGCGGCGCGGAGCCGGCGCGCAGCGGGUUGGUGCCGCCGGAGCGGCAGCGGCGCAGCGCGGAGCUCCAGCCCUGCGUUCCUUCCGUCCGUCCUUGUGUUCCUGCCUUCGCUCCGCGGCAGCGGCGGUACCGAUGAGCGGGCUCCGAGCGCCCGGCGUGCGGCCGGUGCCGACCUGCCUGCUCCUGCUGGGGCUGCUCCUGCCCGCCGCCGCCGCGGGGUGCGAGCUGGAGGCUGCGGACGGCGGCGGCGGCCGGCGGGGAGGACGGGGAGGCGCGGCCGGCUCUGCGGCGGAGCCGGUGACAGAUCCCUGCAGUUCACUCAGCCCGCCGUGCUUUACUGAGGAGGACCGAUUCAGCCUAGAAGCUCUCCGCAUGAUCCAUAAGCAGAUGGAUGAUGACAAAGAUGGUGGUAUCGAAGUAGACGAGAGUGAUGAGUUUCUAAGGGAAGAUAUGCAGUACAAAGAUGCCUCAAAUAAACAUAGUCACCUGCACAGAGAAGACAAGCAUAUCACCAUUGAGGAUCUGUGGAAACGCUGGAAAACGUCUGAAGUUCAUAACUGGACUCAAGAGGACACUCUUCAGUGGCUUUCAGAUUUUGUUGAAUUGCCCCAAUAUGAAAAGAAUUUUAGAGACAGCAAUGUCAAUGGAACGACACUUCCCAGGAUAGCAGUAAAUGAACAUGCUUUCAUGAUCUCUCACUUGAAAAUAAUUGACCGGAGUCAUAGACAGAAGCUUCAGCUUAAAGCCUUGGAUGUUGUUUUAUUUGGACCUCUCACUCGUCCCCCUCACAACUGGAUGAAGGAUUUUAUAUUAACAGUUUCUAUAGUUAUUGGUUUUGGAGGCUGCUGGUUUGCAUAUACACAGAACAGAACCUCAAGAGAACAUAUCACAAAAAUGAUGAAGGACUUAGAAAGUCUCCAAACAGCAGAGCAAAGUCUUCUUGACUUGCAGGAAAGGCUUGAGAAGGCACAAGAAGAGAAUAGAAACGUUGCUGUUGAAAAGCAAAAUCUGGAGCGCAAAAUGAUGGAUGAGAUCAAUGAUGCAAAACGUGAAGCUCAUCGCCUCAGGGAAUUGAGAGAGGGAGCUGAAUGUGAGCUCAGCAGGCUCAAAUAUGCAGAGGAAGAGUUAGUACAGGUUCGUAUGGCUUUAAAAAAGGCUGAGAAGGAGUUUGAGUUGAGAAGUAAUUGGUCUGUUCCUGAAGCUUUGCAGAAGUGGCUUCAGUUAACGCAUGAAGUUGAAGUACAAUAUUACAAUAUCAAAAGACAGCAUGCAGAAAUGCAAUUAGCAAUUGCUAAAGAUGAGGCAGAAAAGAUAAAAAAGAAGAGAAGCACUGUAUUUGGAACAUUACAUGUUGCACACAGCUCCUCCCUGGAUGAAGUGGACCAUAAAAUUCUUGAAGCAAAGAAAGCACUUUCUGAGUUGACGACAUGUUUGCGGGAGCGUCUUUAUCGAUGGCAACAGAUUGAGAAGAUUUGUGGGUUUCAAAUCGCACACAAUUCUGGGCUUCCAAGCUUGACCUCCUCUCUCUACUCUGAUCACAGCUGGGUAGUUAUGCCUCGAGUUUCCAUUCCUCCCUACCCAAUUGCAGGGGGAGUUGAUGACUUAGAUGAAGACACUCCUCCAAUAGUUUCACAGUUUCAUGGGUCCAUUGUAAAACCUCCCAGCACACUGGCAAGAAGCAGUAGCUUGUGUAGAUCAAGACGCAGUGUUGUGCCAUCAUCUCCACAGUCUCAGCACGCUUUGCACUCCCCUGACCCUGACAUCCUUUCUGUGUCGAGCUGCCCAGCUCUCUAUCGAACUGAAGAGGAGGAGGAAGCCAUUUACUUCUCUGCUGAUAAACAAUGGAUCAAAAGCAAUGUCAGCUACUGGGCGAAGAGGAGAUGGAUGGUAACACAAUUCUUACAGCAUGUUGAGCGUGUACCUACUCUUGUUACAUGGCCUCAUAGGAAAAGGUUAAAUUCCUUUUGGAAGGAGCAAAUGAGCUUGUUGAAAGGGAAGUACAGGAAACAGGUUCGGAAUGUGACUCCUUAAAUUCAUCCAUUGGAAGAAAACAGUCUCCUCCAGCAAGUCUUGAGAUGUACCAGACAAUUUCUCCUCAGAAAGUAUCACCAGAAGAAUUCUCACUUGAGGAAUCAUCUACAGGAGACUCCUCUUCUCUAACUGCAGAUGUUUCUAGGGGCUCUCCUGACUGUGUAGGCAUGGCAGAAACUAAGAGCAUGAUCUUUAGUCCUGCAAGCAAAGUUUAUAAUGGAAUCCUGGAGAAGUCUUGCAGCAUGAACCAGCUUUCAACCGGGAUCCCAGUCCCAAAGCCUCGUCACACCUCAUGUUCUUCGACUGGCAGUGAUAGUAAACCCAGCCAUGAAGCUGCUUCUGUCCCCAGGAUAAGCAGCAUCCCACAGGACCUCUACCAGAAUGGUGAAAAAAAUAAAAAGCCAUCAAAAAUAAAAAACCUCUUUAAGAAGAAGUGUAAGUGAGGUGGGCAGAAAAAAUCCUAUAGUAAUAUUAUAAAAACUCUAUUUUUUAAAUCGUUAGGAAUGUAAUUCCAUUUGAGCAUUCCAGACUGGAUGCCCUAAUGGAAUACUCUGUAGGUCACCUAUACUUAAUGACUGUACUGUCAACGGUUGUGCCAGCUGUCAAUGAGAAAUCAUUAAAAGUUCAGACAGUUUACAUUAAUUUCUGCCUAUUUAUUUCUUUAUUUUUUUAGGCUGUCUUUUUCAGUUUUUUUUUUUUUGUUUUGUUUUGUUUUUGUUUUAAAAUUUGAUUUGUUGGGCUUUUUUAAGUGUAUUCAUAAACCAUUUGUAAGCCACUUCGGACUCCUAAGCUUUAAUGGACUAGUAAGCCUUCCUGGGCUUGCCAAAGUUUCUUGUUUACUGGAGCAUCUUCCUAUCUUUCCAUAGAAAUAGGACAUUUAUUUACUGGACUUUAACAAAAAUAAAAGAAGUAGAACUAAAUGAAUUGCACUACUGUUUUACAGACUGGAACAGUCUCUGCAAGUGAAACUGAAAGACUUGUAUUUGACUGAGAAGAUGAAUCUUUUCACUUUUAGAUCUUUUGGAGUUUUUAAGUAGAAUUUAGCAUUUCUAAUUGACUUGAUUUCUGGAAAUGGAAAUGUCAUGCUUUUAUUAUGGGAAGCUUUGUUAGAUGCAUUUAUUAUUAGAAUGGUUCAAGUCCUGCUGUAAAGAUCAUUUUUUUCCCAGGACUUUCACUGUGAUUUUAAUUCACUGCAGGCUGUAUGAGAAACAAAACAAAAAAAAAAAAAAGAAAAAAGAAAAAAAAAGAAAAAGAAAAAAGAAAAUUACCAAGAGAACAGGCUCUUGAUUCCUUAUGCAAGAUGGUUGUGAAACUUGACUGAAGACUGAAAAAAAUCACCUCUCAAAAUGAGGAGGGGGAAUAGUAGCUUUUGUUUACAGUUUGACAGAAAAUGGACAUUUGGAUUGUGAAAGUUUGUACUGUGGUAAAGAUAAUAAAUUGGAAACAUUAUUGUGCUUGGGAA